UGUCGCCGAGCAGCACGCCCGAAACACCAAGCAAAGCGGAUUAAAGCCCCGCAGAGAUGGCAGAAGAGGCUGAAGACGAAAUCCCUGAAUCAGGAGCAGUUUUCACGUUUGGAAAGAGCAAGUUUGCAGACAACAUCCCCAGUAAGUUCUGGCUUAAAAACGACAUGCCUCACAGGAUCGCCUGUGGAGACGAACACACCGCCUUGAUCACAGAAAACAGGAAGCUCUUCAUGUUUGGCAGCAACAACUGGGGCCAGCUGGGUCUGGGCUCCAAGCAGACCGUGCAUAAACCCACCUGUGUCAAAGCCCUGAAGUCAGAAAAGGUCCAGCAGGUGGCCUGCGGACGGAACCACACCCUGAUCAGCACCGAGCGGGGACACGUGUACGCCUGCGGAGGCAACGGCGAGGGACAGCUGGGACUCGGCGACUGCGAGGAGCGGACCACCUUCCAGAGGAUCAAGUUCUUCGACUCGCAGGGCCCGGUCCGGAUGCUCGCUGCGGGUUCAAACACCUCAGCUGCCCUCACAGCCAGCGGGAAGCUCUUCAUGUGGGGCGAGAACACCGAGGGCCAGAUCGGUUUGGGGAAGCUGAGCCAGGCGUCGUUGCCGCAGGAGGUCAGCGUGGGCUGCCCCGUCAGCUGGGUGUCCUGUGGAUACUACCACUCAGCUCUGGUGACGGCGGACGGAGCGCUGUACACGUUCGGGGAGCGGGACAGCGGGAAGCUGGGUCUGGGCACGGAGCAGCUGUCCCGACACCGGGUCCCCCAGCGGGUGAAUAGCAUCGAGGACCCGGUGAAGCAGGUGGCGUGCGGCGGGGGCCACACGGUGGCCCUGACAGAGGACGACGUCUACUCGUUCGGCCUCGGCCAGUUCGGACAGCUCGGCCACGGGACCUUCAUCUUCGAGUCGCGGCUGCCCCGUCCGGUGGAGCACUUCAGGAGGGGCCGGGUGUGCCGGGUGUCCUGUGGGGAGAACCACACGGCGGUCAUCACAGACGGCGGGCUGCUGUACACGUUUGGAGACGGCCGGCACGGAAAGCUGGGCCUGGGGGAGGAGAACUUCACCAACCAGUUCAAGCCCACGCUGUGCCCCCGCUUCCUCAGGCACGUCGUCCAGGAGGCGGCGUGCGGAGGCUGCCACACGGCGGUGCUGGCCCGGCCCAGAGAGCCCGGCUCCUCCGACGUGACCCUGGAGGAGGACGACGUGACGGAGGACGUCCUGGAGAGGCCCUACGUGGAGCUGCUGGGGGACACGGCCGACUCCUCGGCUCUGAGGCGCAGCCUCUCCGCCCGGGUCCGCCGCAGGGAGCGGGAACGAUCGCCGGAGCAGUUUGGAACCACGGCUCCUGGUUUCCUGCAGCCGCCGCUCCCCAUGCCGCCCAGACUGCCUCCUCCUGAGCUGAGCCACAGGAAGGACCGUCAGGAGCAGGCGGGGCCCGGGGCCCACGGCGCUGUAGACAACCCGACGGACACCGACAGCGUUAGGGGUCUGGGAGAAACCACGGACUUCCUCAACAUGACGCAUGUGAUGAAGAUGGACCCCUGUGAUCAGUCGCUCACUCUGUCGCCUCUGCAGAAGAGGAAGGGUAAGCAUGCUAAGCCAAUCAGAGAGCAGAGUCAGGAAAAGGAGGGCAAACGGGCGCGGCGGGGGAGUUUCUCCGCUACGUCUCCGUCUGGUCGGAGCUCCUCGUCCGUCCAGAAGCAGAAGAAGACGGAUCAGAACAGAGAGAGUCUCCUUCUGACUGUGGAGGAGAGGAGGAGAGCGGAUAACAGAGAAGCUCAGAGUGUUAGAAACCAGCUGACUGGGAGGAGCCAGAAACCAGCAGACUGGAAACGACAUUCAGAAAACAGGCAGAAAGGGUCUGAAUCAGUUACAGCUGGGAAAGAGUCCAGAUGUCAGAGAGGUAAAGGGAAACAGACCUUUGGCUCUCUGACUGAGAGCUGUCAGCCAAUCACUGCGCAGAGAACGGCCUCCAGAGCUGAGCGGGAUUCAGAUUCAUCCAAGAAAUCCAAAAACGAGAGAAACAGGAAAGAAGCCGAGAAGAGGAAAGGAACCGAGAGCAGGGAGGAAACAGAAAGUAGGAAAGGAACCGAGAGCAGGAAAGGAACUGAGAACAGGAAGGAAACAGAGAGUAGGAAAGGAACCGAGAGCAGGAAAGGAGCCGAAAACAGGAAAGGAACCGAGAGUAGGAAAGGAGCCGAGAGCAAGAAAGGAACUGAAAACAGGAAAGGAACCGAGAGCAGGAAGGAAACAGAGAGCAGGAAAGGAACUGAAAACAGGAAGGAAACCGAGAAUAGAAAAGGAGCCGAGAGUAAGAAAGGAACCGAGAGUAAGAAAGGAACCGAGAGUAAGAAAGGAACCGAGAGUAGGAAAGGAGCCGAAAACAGGAAGGAAACAGAGAGUAGGAAAGGAACCGAGAGUAGGAAAGGAGCCGAGAGCAAGAAAGGAACUGAAAACAGGAAAGGAACCGAGAAUAGAAAAGGAGCCGAGAGUAAGAAAGG